AUGGCUGCCCCAGGGGAGGAAGCAGGAGGGAAGGCUGCCGAAGCAAAACGGGCUUUGGCAGCUGCUGGAGCAGCCCCGCCAGCAGUUCUGGACGCUCUGCAGAGUCUGACCAAGGAAGCAGAAUUGGAUUCGACAAAUUUCCAGGACAUUAGGACUGAUGUUUGUAUAUGGUAUGAGGCGGGAGCGGAGGCUGCCGCUCGGGGUGAGAUCGCUGGGGACGGGCCUCCGCGCGGCUGGGGGCCUGCCGGGCCGGCUAGGCUCGCGUCCGGGGACGGGAGCGGGGUGCCCCGGAGGCGCCACCGGGCCCUGCCCUCCCCUAGCCCCGCGUCCCCGGCGGCCCCGGGGCGCGGGCUGGGGGCGGCGCCUCGGGCCGCUUCGCCGCCGUGGGCGUCGCUCUCGAGAGCUCGCGUCCUCCGCGCGCACACCUGCGGCGGCGGCGGCCUGCGGGGCCCGCGCGGUGGGCGCGGACGGGGCUCGCGGCGCGGGGCUCGGGCCGGGGCGGGGCUGAGGCAGCCGGAAGGGAGCUCGGCGUCUGUCCGGAGCCGCGGGCGGUGGAAGGCGGCGAAUCGGCGUUGCCGCUGCCUCGCUUCGGGGCCUCCGGAGGCGCCUCGCCCUGUGGCCCUAGCCGGCGGCAGGGCCGGUGGUCGCGGGCGGCUGACGGCCGCGUGGCCGCCCAGGACGUUUCUGGCGAGUUCCGGAGGAGCCGGGCGUGGAGCGCUGGGUGACGCUUGGGAUAAAGGGCACUGGCUCCGCGCCCCGGGUCCCAGCCCCUCGGGAGCAAAGGAGCUCUCUCACGGCAGGGGCGAGGGGGCCGCGGGGACAGCUGCCUCUGGGCAGAGCGGCCUUGCUGACGGAGCCCUGCGGGGCUUCGGAGCGGAGGCGGAAGGUUCCAGGCACGCGCGGGCCCGAGGCGCCCGGUCAGAAGCAGUUGUGGGUCCCUGUGUGGCGUGAGGCGGGCUCGAGGAGGUCCCCGCGCCCGGAAGCCGGCCCGGCCUGUGUGCGGUGGACGCUGUGGACCCGCCUGCGGAAGGCGGCGGCCUGGGGUGGCGGGGAUGGGGGACUGUGAGGCUGCGCAGGAGCGGGCGGGUCGCUGACGGCUGGUGGGGACGUGGCGUCCGGGGAAGGCUAACCCGCGAGCGCGGGCGGGACCCCAAGCAGUCCCCUGUCUCCUCCGUUCUCCCCGCGCCCCCUGCGGAUUCUGAGCUGCUGUCGCGCCUGUUCCUCACCACGUGUGGCAUCUAUGAGUGAUGCCGAUGCUGCCUCUUUCCUGAGCAUAGAGAAAAACGAAAUGGGAGGAGAGGGGUUUUCUGUGCUGGACGCUUUCGGAAGCCCAAAGACAGCAGGCCUGUAAUGAACGGGGUUUGUCGAGUCACCCAGGGCAGACCCAGGAACUAAGCGCACAGCUGUUGACUUACACGGCUGAACCUUCACAGUUCUUUACCUUCUUCCAGGAGUAGCAGAAAAUGAACAUA